UCUCACUCGCUCACUCGUCUUGUGGUUGUGGUGGUUGUUGUUGUGGUGGUGGUUGUUGUUGUUGUGGUGGUGGAUGUGGUGAUUGUUGUGGUGGUUGUGGUGGUGGUAGUGGUGGUGGUUGUUGUUGUGGUGUGUCUGUGGGCUGUUGUAGUGUAGUGGUGCUGUAGUGGUGGUGAUUGUGGUGGUGGUGGUUGUUGUGGUGGUGGUUGUUGUGGUGGUGGUGGUUGUGGUGGUGGUAGUGGUUGUUGUUGUGGUGGUUGUGGUGGUGGUAGUGGUGGUGGUUGUUGUUGUGGUGGUUGUUGUGGUGGUGGUGGUUGUAGUGGUGGUGGUUGUGGUGGUGGUAGUGGUGGUGAUUGUGGUGGUUGUUGUGGUGGUGGUUGUUUUUGUGGUGGUUGUUGUGGUGGUGGUGGUUGUGGUGGUUGUUGGUCAUCUCGGUCAGUCGACCCGUGGCACCUGCUGGGUCUGCCCCGUGACCUCCUGCCAGCGGGCGUUCGACACUUCACGUGGCAGCCUCAAGGUGACGAUGUCACUCGUGGGGAUGGUGAGUGCAGUGGUGAGGCGCCGGGCACUUCCAGGGAGGACUGGGCUCACUCCCCUCCUCACCUCCGCACCUCAUCGCUGCCAACACAGCUCCACCUGCAAGGUUCCCCAACAGCCAACUUGGCAGCCUGCCGAGGAGCCUCCAUGUCCCGAGGUGGAGGUAGACCUGCUGGGCCACCUGGAGCACCAGGGCCUAGUGGCGUUUGGCAGCCGUGAAGCCUCCCGUCGCCUGGCGGACGCCGUGAGCUUCGCCCAGCGGCUGCAGGACGUGGACACCCACGCGGUGAGCGCCAUGGUGAGUGGCGCUCACCGGGGCAGGAGUCUGUGGCUGCGGAGUGACGAGGUGACGGAGGGAGGUCACGUGGACGAGGUGAUGGCGAACGCUCGUCACACAGAGGACGACUACUUUGUCGCCCCCCCAGGUAACAUUCCGCUGUCUGGGAGACCCGUGGAACUUGGAGCCGGCCACGAUGAGCCGGGCAGGCGCCCGCCGCACCCCGCCGGUGACCUGGACGAGUUCUGACGCUGAACGUUUCGCGAAAUGUCACGGGUGGACAACGACGGGAGGGGUUUCUUUUGGGGGUCAGAUGACGUGAACAUGAAUGUUUUGACGAUUUGUUACUCGUUAAAGUGCUGGUAACUGGCUCGGGGUGAAGCAUUUACACCAUUGGAACCUGAUUUGCCAGUAAAAAAUAUGAUAAUUGGUUUCAGUUUUGUUGCCAGAUAGAAGGGUAAAUAAGUAUAACCCGUAAAAACAAAGUUUUUCACUAUAAAUCCUUUAUAUGCGUGGCGGCUAGAGUCCUCUCGUCCUCUGGCUUGAGAUGGCUGCCACCUAUGGGUCAGAUGAUUGUCUGCCACCAUUAAGCAAUUGGUAAAUAAAUCCUAACAAGUGUGAAAUUUUGGAAAAAAAAAUUUAACAAAAAUAAAUUGUCACGCACAACGAGUCUGUGUGCAAAAUGUCAGCUCGUUUGGAUCACGGGAAGUGGGUUAAAAAACGACCGAAAGAUUUGCACGGUCCUAAGCAAGCAAGCAAGUGAACUUAAUAUAAAGGAUUUAAAAAACAAUUAUCAUAUUUUUUUACUGGCAAAUGAGCUUCCAAUGGUGUAAAUUCGUUACCCGUUCAAGUGCUGUGACUGGUAACUGGCACAAUUUUUUCAGCUUGUGUUUUAUUUACGUGAAAGACUGUUACCAACUGGCUGUGCCGGGCGGCGAGAGGGUUGAACGACAAACACGUUUAUAUCGACCCCAUCCAAAAAACCUCGCGAAAGUCGAAUGUGAUAAUUGUUUUUUUACCCCUUUUAUCUGGCAACAAAACUGACACCUUUUUUACACGAGGAAUCAUGUUUGCAUAGACCACAAUACCUGCAGCCAUAAUGCAAACAAAAAACAUAACUCUGAUAAUGUGCAGUCCUUGAAGUUGAUUGGUCCACAUCCGAGACAGCUUUCCUUAGAGCCUAGUCUCAGAUUGAAGGGUAAAACACCAAUUAUCAUAUUUUGGUACUGGCAAAUGAGGUUCCAAUGGUGUAAAUACUUCACCCCGAGCUCUCAUACUCUGAUGGUGCAUUGUCUUUGAGUUGUGCGCCUUUUGGCGUCAUCUGGUCCAACACCACGCUACAAGCCUAGGACGUGUCAUUCAGAUUCUGUCUUAUCGACAGACCUGUUCUUCACCUGAGGACGGCUGCUUGCGUUGUGGCCGAAACGUGAGAAUAAUUUGUAUACUGAUAGGAACGAAGUGAACCAGCCUACAAUAGAUUAUAUCGUCCGUCCGUCCGAUGUCCGAUUAGGUGUAGCAACAUCGCCCCUACUGCAAACACUUGGCAUGACCCUACAAAACCUUUAGACUCAGUGAGGCUUUCCUGGCUAAACAAGUGUAACAUUCCCUUAUAAUUCCCUGAGAUAGUUUUUUAAUUCCCUGAGAUACUUUUUAAUUAAAACAUUUAAAUUAAAAAUUAACUCACAGCGCCCUAAAGCCUACAGCUAGGCCUAAAGCCUAGAACUAGGCCUCAAACUCUCCCUUCAUAUUGUCCGAUUAGGUGCAGCAACAUCGCCCCCUACUGCAAACACUUGGCAGGACCCUAGAAACACCUUUACACUCAGUGAGGCUUUCCUGGCUAAACAAGUGUAAUAAUACAUUAUGUUUAUAUUCUUUGGUUAUUCGUUCCUACCAGCCCACCCCGCAGGGUCCUGUUUAUAUUAUUUCCAUUCUACGUGAUGACUUUACCGAAAGAACCAAGAAGAUGAAUCCCUGCAGUCACGAAAGCUUUACAUCGAAAUUUCUACCGUAAACUGUUGAGGCGAUCGCCUUUGAUUUCGGAUUCACCGAAGCAGCGUAUUGGUUCCGGUUUUAAACACACGUCAGACUUUGUAAAAAUAACAAAUGUGCAGCAGUUUUUUUUUUUACAAAAUUUUCUUUAUUAAUUGUAUGCCUAGCGGGGAAAAUCCACGCGUUUUUAAAUCACAGGUGCGCAGUUAUUCCGCAAAAAAAAUUAGCAAAACCUGUCAACCCCGUACGGGUUUAGCCCGCAUUUUUGGGACAGGAAAAUUGCGUUCAUGUCCAAACAGCGUACAGCCGUUUCAAUACGGGCAACAUUAAAACACAUUCCUGCGGAGGGAGCUGGUAGGAACGUUGGGUUGCUCGGUCAAUGGCCUGCAGGGUCAACGGCGGCGUGGUGUAUUCCGCAAAUAUGCCCGACUGUGAGGGCGGGCACAAGCCGGCGUGAGUAGGUUAAACGUUGAGUUUUAUAAGGGCACCACGGGGUGACCAGCCCCUCCCCACCCUACCCCACCCACCCAGCCCUACCCCACCCACCCAGCCCCACCCCACCCUCCCCACC